AUGUCUGCUUUUCAAGAUGUAAGCACGACUGUUAUUCCGUCAAAUAGAUGCCCAUAUAUUGAGGAACUACUUGAUCGCACUACGUUCCUGUUUCAUCCACUAAAACGUAUCAAAUAUUACCAUUUAGUAUGCCGAAAUAAUAUUAAUCUUCGGUGUUUUUAUGAUCCAACACAAAUAUGUUUAUGUACAAAAAGCCAUUUGGCGAAUUGUUUUGACUUCAAUCAUACUGACACAAGUUUAUGUGAUGAGAAUAACUAUUGUGAAAAUAAUGGACAAUGUUAUGUUAGUGAUUUGACAUGUCCAACAAAAUCUAUCUGUGUAUGUCAAGAAUGUUAUUAUGGUACAUUGUGUCAGUUUACUACUUCAGGUACUGUUCUAUCAUUAGAUUCUAUUAUUGGUUAUCAUAUACGAUCACAUUUAUCAUUUUUUAAACAAUCUUUUAUCAUUAAAUUAAGCACAGGAAUUACAAUAUUAAUGCUUGUAGUAGGUAUUAUCGGCAAUCUUCUAUCAAUAAUGACAUUUUCACGAAAGAAAACACUUGAAGUUGGCUGCGGUAUCUAUCUAUUGUCAUCUUCAAUUCUGUCAUUUUUGACAAUGAAUAUAUUUGCAUACAAAUUUUGGAGUUUACUUGUAACACAAAUGUCAUUAAUAACGAAUGACAUAUUUUUACGUGUAAAUUGUAAAAUAAUUGAUUUUUUAUUGAGAUUUUUACCGACAACCAUCGAAUGGUUGAAUGCAUGUGUUGCCAUUGAACGAGCUCUUAAUAUAACAUUCGGUAUUCAUUUUAACAGAGCAAAAAGUAAAGUUUGGGCAAAAUUUACAACUAUUAUAGUUGUAUUAAUCAAUAUUGUUAGUGCUAUACACGAUCCAAUCAAUCGACGAUUGCUUGAAGAUACUGAAGAGCAACAUAUCUGGUGUAUUGUUAGUUACACACAUUCAUCAUGGUUGACUAUCUAUAAUAACACUGUGAACAUCAUUCAUUUCAUUGUACCAUUUGGAAUUAAUUUCACAUCAGCUUUUGUUAUUAUUGUGAUUACAGCACGCCAACGGUCUGCUAUUCGUAAGAAUCAAACAUAUGGUGAACAUUUGAGAGAACAAUUUCAGCAACAUAAACAUUUACUUAUUAGUUCAUCUAUCCUUGUUAUUUUAGCUCAACCAAGACUUAUUAUUUCGUUUUUCUCAGGUUGUGUAAAAUCAGCUCGUGAUCCAUGGUUGUUCUUGGUGGCGUAUUACAUUUCAUUCAUUCCAUUAGUUUUAACAUUUCUGAUAUUUGUGAUACCAUCUCAAACAUAUAGAACUGAGUUGGGUACAUCAUUGAAAUAUUAUCGUGCAGCAAUUCGCUCUUAUUUUCAUACGGAAUAUAUGUCGCGGGUUUUCUUUUCGUAUCUCAAGUAG